UCGGAAGAGUCAUAAUGUCGGUUGCUUUCGCAGCUCACAGGCAGCGCGGAAAGGGCGAUAUAACACCGGCGGCGAUACAGAAGUUGUUAGAUGAGAACAACCAUUUAAUUCAGUGCAUAAUGGAAUUUCAGAGCAAAGGAAAAACUGCAGAGUGCUCACAGUAUCAGCAGAUGCUGCACAGGAAUUUGGUGUACCUGGCUACCAUAGCAGACUCCAACCAGAACAUGCAGUCUUUGCUACCUGCUCCACCCACACAGAACAUGCCCAUGGGGCCAGGGGGGAUGAGUCAAAGUGGGCCCCCCCAGCCCCCCCAUGGCCACAGCAUGCCGUCAGAGGGCAUGGUCAGCAGCGGCCCCCCCGCCUCCCACAUGCAGAACCAGAUGAACGGGCAGAUGCCUGGACCCAACCACAUGCCAAUGCAAGGCCCAGGACCCGGCCCCACCCAGGGGCCCAGUGUGCCCAGUGGCUCUAUGAGCGUGCCUCCCAGUAGCCAUGGCUCCAUGGGCGGCUACGGCCACACUGGACCUCCCUCUUCCCAAGGCAUGGCCACACAGGGCCAGAUAAACAUGACCCAGGGACAGUCCAUGGGCAGUUACGGCCCACGGCCCAGCAUGAACAUACAGCCUAACCAAGGUCCUAUGAUGCACCAGCAGCCGCCCUCCCAGCAGUACAAUGUUCCAACUGGUGGAGGCCAGCACUAUCAGGGCCAGCAGAACCCUAUGGGCAUGAUGGGCCAGGUGGGCCAGGGCAACCACGUCAUGGGGCAGAGGCCUAUGCCCCCCUACAGGCCACCACAGCAAGGACCCCCCCAGCAAUACCCAGGCCAGGAGGACUAUUAUGGGGAGCAGUACGGUCAUGGAGGACAAGGAGCACCUGAAGGUCAUAAUGAUUACGGUUUUCAGCAUCCGUCGUAUCCUGAACAGGGCUACGAUAGGCCUUUUGAGGAUUCCUCACAACAUUACUACGAAGGAGGAAACUCCCAGUAUGGGCAGCCGCAGGAACCUUACCAGCAAGGUCCGCCCCAGCAGCAAGGGUACCCACCCCAACAGCAGCAGCAGUAUCCAGGGCAGCAGGCCUACCCAGGCCAGCAGCAGGGAUAUGGGCCCUCACAGGCAGCCCCAGGACAGUAUCCCAACUACCCUCAGGGCCAGGGCCAGCAGUAUGCAGGUUACCGGCCCCCCCAGCCAGGGCCCACACAGGGCCAGCAGCAGCGCCCUUAUGGUUAUGAUCAGGGUCAGUUUGGGAAUUACCAGCAGUGAGGUACAAAAGUUACACUCCCUGAGCAGCAGUGCUGUGCCCUCAGGACUGGAAUUACUCCAGUAAUGAGAAUCUCU